AUGCUGGCCUCGGAGCCAAGUGCACACCCCUCCCGGGGAGUAAGCUCGCUGGACAUGCAGGGGCUCUUCCCACAGAACCAGCAGCUCUACUUGGCCGCAAACCCGGAAAGUGCUUCCAGGCGGCAUCAGCCAGCAGUGACUCGGCCUGCUCCCACGUCCCCGCUCCUUCUGUUUUCCUCACACUGGAUGCACUUUUUCCUGAGGGUCUCUGACACCCGGAGCCCAGGCUGGCAAGGUGGAGGUGAGGCCGGCGGGACCUCAGCAACUCCGGCUGGUUCCCGCCCUCCCCGGCCCACCCCCCACCCCCCACCCCCGCCCUCCCCGCGCUGGCGCCGUCGCAGCGCCCUCCCCUCCCCCACCCCUCCCGCCGCGGGGACUGCGGCAGCCCCGCCCCCCCGGCCCGCGGGAGGAGGGGACAGUGGGGGGGGCGGGAGGAGGGUCGGCUAUCUGCAGGGCACCCUCCCUGGGGUGCACCCCGGCCCCCCGAGUCCUCCCCUGGGUGUGCGGGAGAUGAACCCCCCCCCUCGAGGGCCAGGACCCCCGGCAGGCCCGCCCCCAGGGGCCCGCGGCGCGCCCUCCCCCUUCGGCGACACUGCGACAGGCGGGGGGGGCCGACCGCGGGCGGCGGGGGCGGGUGCGCGGCGCGUUGCCAUGGUGCCCGGUGCGCCGAGCCCGCCCGGAGCCGCAGCCCCGCCAGGCCCGCAGCGCAGAGGCGGCGGCCGCGCGGGCGCCGGGAGGCGGGGACGGGGACGGGACGGGGACGGGCGGGAGACGAUCCCCGGCGGCCAGAACGCGGGCGGCGGCCGCGUCCCCCGAGCCCUGAGUCCGAGCGCCGAGGCCCCGGCGGUGAGCGCCCUGGAGUCGGCGGCGCCCGGCCCUGCCCGCAGGGUGCAGGCCAUGGAGCCCGCCGCGGCGGAUUUUUAUGAGGACAGCAAAGACCUGGACUUCUACGAGUUCGAGCCGCUGCCCACUCUGCCGGAGGACGAGCAGAAACACCACCCCAAGGGUGGAGGUGGGAGGGGACCACGGUGUCAUCCCUGGCAGGGGACAGAGGCUACUGAGAACUGGACAAACGAGGCCCUGGGGCCGCCCUCAGCACUGGACGGUGCCACGUGCUGGCGGGACCUGGGGAGCGGCAGCCCCCGCUUGCUGCGGUUUCGCUUCUGGGCACGUACCCCAGAGAUGUCGGCCCAUGGCCGCGACGCUGUGACAGUACAAGCCAGGGGCGCAUGGAAAAGAGGACAGCGCGGCCUGGGCGCUGGGCAGGGAGCAGAGGGCACGCCCCGGGAACCCGGGAACCGGCUUGCUGGAAGGGUGACCAGCGCACCCUUUCCUUUCCUUCCCCAAGACGACCCUGAAGGAGCCUUUGUGCCCCCGGAGUUCGACGUGACUGGGAACACCUUCGAGGCCCACAUCUACUCCCUGGGGGCCACGCUGAAGGCGGCCAUCGAGUACGUGACGGAGCCCGAGCUGCGGCCCACCCUCAGCCCCGACCUGGAGGCGCUGCUGGGCCGGAUGCAGGCCGAGGAGCCGGGGGACCGGCCGGACCUGCAGAGCCUCAUGGCGCUGUGCGAGGAGAAGGUGCCACCCGGCGCCGCCUGCCGCCUCUGCCGCAGCCUUUCGGCCGUCGGGAGGAGGGUGCUGUCCAUCGAGUCCUUCGGAGCCUUCCCAGAUGUCAGCGAGAGUGCCUGGAGGGGGAGACUGGCUUCGCGGAGCGGGGGACCCCUUAGGCCGCCGGGGGACCGCGGUGCCAACCUGGAAGCCCCUCCCGUCCCGGAGGGCCCGGCCCCGAAGGACCGCGAAGGCCGCGCGCUGGAGGCCAGCUGGGGCGCCCGGCCGCCGCCCGCGAAGCCUGCGCUCUCCGCGCCCCUGAGAAACGGCGAGAGCGGCCUCCGAGAGGCCCUGAGCGCGGAGAGGCUGGCCGGCCUCCUCCUGGGCGACCUGGACGGGCACCUCCUGAAGAGACGCCGCCUGCGGAAGGUGCAGACCUUCCCCCGGCUGCCGAGCGAGGCCCGCGAGGCCGGCGCCCUCCGCCGCGCGCUCACCAGCGGCAGCCGCCUGGACGCGGCGCCCCAGCUGCCCUUCCCGCCGCUGCUCGCCCCGGAACUCGGAAAGCUCUUCCCCGAGGGCAAGAACGGGCGCUUCGGCCUCCAGGCGCAGGCCAGGGGCCGGCUGCGGCCCGAGCAGGAGCCCGAGGGGGCGGGGGGGCGCAGGGCGGGGGGACGCCCCUCCGGGAAGCCCCAGCCAGGGGGGCGAGAGGGCCCCCCACCACCAAAUGGGGCAAACGAGGAAGGCCCCCAGCCUCACCCCGCCAGCCCCCAAGACGCAGGCCCCGCGGCCGGGACCCGCGGAGGUGGCGAGGGGUUUCCGGAAGAAGCCGGAGAUCCGGGGAUCGCAGCCACGGAGCAGGAGCAGCUGUCCCUGCAGGCCCUGCUGCGUCAGCUGGGCCGGCCCUUCCGGGAGUAUGAGCUCUGGGCACUGUGCCAGGAAUGUCUGCGCACCCUGCAGGCCGCCCACGAGGUACCGGCGCACCUGUGCCUGGACUCCGUGCUGGUCGCCGAGGACGGCUCCGUGCUCUUCGGGCCGCCCCCCGCCGACGGCUCCUACAACUCGUUUUUCGUGGCUCCCGAGGUGGCAGAGGGCAAACUGGCGACGGAAAAGGCCUCCAUGUACUGCGUAGCUGCCGUCCUGUGGGCUGCGGCCAAGUUCGGGGUCCCCCGCGACCACAAGCUGUCCUUGCCCUGCCGGCUCAAGAGCCUCCUCCUGGACAUGGCCCGACGCUGCGCCCAGGAGCGACCGUCCGCAGCCGCGGCCACCAAGAUGUGCAGCGGUUACCUCCUCCAGCGGGGCAUGGACAGCAAGAAAGUGUUGGCCCACCUGAGCGCAUCCACCUGCCAGGUGCACCAGGAGGAGGGAGCCAUCGGCCUGCAGGACACUUCCGCGGUGGCCGGCCUGGACCCCAGCGCAGCAGCUGCUCCCCCUCCCGAGCCCAGCCCAGGCUUCGUGCCCGUCGGCAGUGACGCCAGGCUGGUGGCCGUGCCCAGCCAGCUCCCCUCCUGCCCAGCGGCCUCGGAGCUGCCGGCGGCCUUCACCUCCCCGGCCACACACUUCAAGCCCAUUGUCCUCGCUCAGGACUCGGCUGUGACCAGGGACGCGCUCGCGCCGGCCCUGGGACCGGCUGAGAGGCCCGGGGAGGCCCACGCUCCCCUUACCAGCCUGGAGGCGCCGGAGACCCGGGGAGCAGCCACAGGCAGAGAGCCGGCCCCGCAGGGCUCAGCUGCAGGGUGUCUCUGCCCCCCGCCCCCGGCUGCUGCCCGCCCAGAGGGGACCCUGUCGGCCCCUUCCAGCCCCUCCCCGCCCGGCCUGCCCCUGAAGGCCCAGGCACCGGAGCAGAGGCCAGCCGAGCAGGUGCCACCCACGGCCGCUCCCGGGGUGCUCGGUCCUCAUCCCUCAGGACCCUCUGCGGCCACCCGCGGCCCCCGGCCCCUGCCCAGACCACCCAGCAGCGAGGCCACCGAGGGCCCCCGAGAUGCAUCACAGGCUCCCUCCCUGGCCGCGGCCAGUCCAGACGGCCCCCAGGUGAGGGAGCUGGGGGACCGGGCCCCAGAUGGCCCCUCCGGGCAGCCCCGGCCAGCUGACCUCAAGCCCUGUGCCCCGAGCGUGGACGCCUGGGCCCUGCAGAGGAGGACAGCCAGCCCGUCGCUGCAGGAGGCCACGCGCCUCAUCCAGGAGGAGUUUGCCUUCGACGGUUACCUGGACAAUGGGCUGGAAGCCUGGAUCAUGGGGGAGCACAUCUACGCCUUGAGGGGCCUCACCUACGCCACAUUCUGCGGAGCCAUAUCGGAGAAGUUCUGUGACCUGUCCUGGGACGACAAACUACUGCAGAAUCUGUUCAACGUGGUGAACGGGGAGACCUCACCCCCCGACAGUGUCACAGAGGAGGCCACAUCCCAGCCUGAGCAGGACAUCCAGACUGACUUGCCAAGCAGCUGCUCUCCGUCCAGGAAAAGACCCUCGCUGCACAGAACCGGGAAAGAGAAGGCGGCCGCCGCCCGCGCCCACAGGGCCCCCUGCGCGCCCACACCCUUGUCCGAGGUGGACCCAGACGAGCUCUCGCGCGGUAACUUUGAGGUGGGCUUUCGGCCUCAGAAGUCGGUAAAGGCUGAGAAGGAGCCGCCGUCGGUGGCGGGAGGCGGCUGGCAGCGCAGCGGGGCCGCGGGCCCCCCGGCGGCCGAGGGGACCUGGGGCGCAGCGGCCGCGGGACCGGGGGCCCAGGAGGGCGGCCUGUCGGCGUGGCGGGGCCCGGCCGCAUCGCAGAGCUGCAGCCCCGGCUGGAGCAGCGCCUUCUACGAGGCCGAGUGCUUCGGCACCGACGUCCACAAGUACGCCAAGGAGCUAGGGCGGCCCCCGGCCGGCGGGGCCCCAGACGCCGACGCCCAGCGCCCGGAGCUGGAGCAGCAGCUCAUGAUAGAGAAGAGAAACUACCGGAAGACGCUCAAGUUCUAUCAGAAGCUCCUACAGAAGGAAAAGCGAAACAAAGGCACCGAAGUGAAGACGAUGCUGUCCAAGCUGAGAGGGCAGCUGGAGGAGAUGAAAUCCAAGGUGCAGUUCCUGGGGCUGGUCAAGAAGUACCUGCAGGUCGUGUACGCCGAGCGGUGGGGCCUGGAGCCGUGCGCCCUGCCGGUGAUCGUGAACAUCGCGGCCGCCCGCUGCGACUCCCUGGACUUCAGCCCCCUGGACGAGUCCUCGUCUCUCAUCUUCUACAACGUCAACAAGCAGCCCUGCGGCGGCCGGCAGCGGAAGGCGCGCAUCCUGCAGGCGGGCACGCCCCUCGGGCUCAUGGCCUACCUGUACUCCAGCGACGCCUUCCUGGAGGGCUACGUCCAGCAGUUCCUGUACACCUUCCGCUACUUCUGCACCCCCCACGACUUCCUGCAGUUCCUCCUGGACAGGAUCAGUGGCACCCUGUCCAGGGCCCACCAGGACCCGUCCUCAACCUUCACCAAGAUCUACAGGCGGAGCCUGUGCUUACUGCAGGCUUGGGUGGAAGACUGCUACGCCAUCGACUUCACCCACAACGCCGGGCUCCUGGGCAGGCUCGAGGCCUUCAUCUCCUCCCAGGUGACUCCUCUGGACGGCUACGUGGAGUGCCUGCUGGCCCUCCUGGAGGUGAACACGGAGCAGCGGGGCGAGGGGACCCCACGUGGCCGAGACCUGGAGGACCCCAAGGAGCCCGAGGACACUGGACCCCUCAACAGCCUCUGUAAGAAGUUCUCGGAAGACGGCCUCUCCCGGAAGAGCUUCUCCUGGAGGCUGCCCAGGGGCAGUGGGCUGGCGCCCGCGCACCCCAAGGAGCGCCAGUACAGCAUCGCCUCGGCCCUGCCCAAGCCCUGCUUCCUGGAGGAGUUCUACGGCCCCCACGCCAAGGGCGGCGAGAAGGGACCCUGUUUCCUGACGCAGUGCAGCACCCACCAGCUCUUCUGCCAGCUGACGCUGCUGCAGCAGGAGCUGUUUCAGAAGUGCCACCCCGUCCACUUUCUGAACUCACGCGCCCUGGGUGUCAUGGACAAGUGCACCCCCAUCCCAAAAGGCGUCUCUUCCGACUCUCUGACAGCGAAAACCUGCAGCUUAUUUCUGCCGAAUUACAUCCAGGACAAGUACCUGCUGCAGCUGCUGAGAAACGCAGAGGACGUCAGCACCUGGGUGGCUGCCGAAAUCGUGACCAGCCACAGCUCCAAGUUGCAGGUGAAUUUGCUGUCCAAAUUUUUGCUGAUUGCAAAAUCUUGCUACGAGCAGAGGAACUUUGCAACAGCCAUGCAGAUCCUGGGGGGCCUGGAGCACCUCGCCGUGCGGCAGUCGCCGGCCUGGAGAAUUUUACCCGCCAAGAUCGCGGAGGUCCUGGAGGAGCUGAAGGCCGUGGAGGUCUUCCUGAAGAGUGACAGCCUGUGCCUCAUGGAAGGGCGGCGGUUCCGGGCCCAGCCCACCAUCCCCUCGGCCCGCCUCCUGGCCAUGCACAUCCAGCAGCUGGAGACAGGGGGCUUCACCAUGACCAACGGGGCCCACAGGUGGAGCAAGCUCAGAAACAUCGCCAAGGUGGUGAGCCAGGUCCACGCCUUCCAGGAGAACCCCUUCACGUUCGCGCCCGAUCCCAAGCUCCAGUCGUGCCUCAAGCAGAGGAUCACCCGCUUCAGCGGGGCCGACGUUUCCAUUUUGGCUGCAGACAACAGGGCCAACUUCCACCCGCUCGCCGGCGAGAAGCACUCGCGGAAGAUCCAGGACAAGCUGCGGAGAAUGAAAGCCACGUUCCAGUAGCGCAGACGGUGGGUGCGGGCAUCGGAGUCCAAACCGAGGUCCCCCAGGGACCCCCGGGGCCCACAGGAGCCCCUCCCCUCGGCCACCUGCUUGCUGCUCAGGCCCCGGAAGCCCCCUGCCCGCCCGGCGGGACCCCCACACCACGAGGAGAGGAGGGCUGGAGCCUGAACGGGCCUGCGGGGUCCUGGGCACGUCCCGGGGCACCAGGAAACCCAGAAACUCAGGGCUCACCCCUUCGCGGAUGGGAAGUGGAGGUGCAGAGUGGCUCAUCCUCGGCUGCACAAAAGGAAAAGAAAGAGUGGGUUCAAACCCCUGAGAGACCCCAGAGCUGCCCCCCUUCUGGUAGACGGGGCCGGUUCGGGGGCAGGGAGGGACGGGUUGGGGAGCGUCUGAUGAAAAUAAAAGAACCCAAGGAGGGAAGUACAAUCCCAGCUACGUUUUCUGAGAUAAAUGGGUCUCGCCCCUUUCUCGAGUGACUGUCCCCAUUCUGCACCCCAUCCUGAAACCCACCCCACACGUGCCCGAGUGCUCACUGAGGGGGUCUCCAGGAGUUUCUCCAGCAACAAGGACCUGGAACAGAGCUGACCCGACCCGCACGCCAACCCCGUCCACGUGGCCUCAGGGGGCCCCUCACACUCCCAGCCACGCCGGACCCCGCAGCGCUGAGCAGACAACCCCGCCGGGGGAAGCAGGCUCCCUGCGGCCGGAACAGCCCCUGCCGAGGCUUCCCGGAGAGGGGCAGAAAGCUCCACGACAGCCGCCAUGCAGGACGCGGCCGGCAGUGGGGGUCCCUGGCACCGUCCUUGCACCCCGCCCCCCACCCUCCCGCUGGCCCAGGGAUCCCAGGACCACUGUCGGCCCUCCGUGGCCAGCAUGCACGCGGCUGUGACUGCCGGGGCUCCCGCAUCCCCCAGGGGACAGGCUUCCCGGCACCUGCCCCCCCAGUGCCUGCAGGGACCCCGGUUCUCUGCCCCCUCCCUGCCCACUGGGCUGCCCGGGCUUGCCACCACCACUCGUGCUUUUUGGGAACAAAUGAAAGAAAUGCAGUUGCUGCCUCGACGCUGCCACGGUGUUCCCGGGUCCGGCGUUUGCGAACAGCGAGCAGGUCCUGCCAGCCAGGGGCUGACCCAGGGGCGUCUCUCUGGGAGGGCAGAAAGCCCCUGAGCCCCUGGCCUGCCCCACUGUCCCCCGCACCAUCCCCUGGCUCCGGUCUUGCUGCAACCUGCUUCUGCAUCGUCCUUCUGCGUUUUUAGAAAUCGUGAUUCUUUAGAGCAGCCAGUAGCGGUAUUUCAAGGAAAAGUGCUGCCUGCGGUAAAACGCUGGCCUGUGCCCCCGAGCCGUGUUCCCUGUGGAAAUUCAUUUAGGACCCCAACGCGCUGCUGGAACGGGCGCCUCUGGUGAUGCAAAAGCGGCUCUUGUUUAGGCUUUUCUGUGAGGGUUAAGUUCUGCCCAUCAACUCGUCCAUCUUCAAUUUUGAAUUUAAGGAAGAUGGUGCCUCAAAGCCUCCAGAGUCCCUGCCGGGCAGACGUUUCCACAGCGACGACGCACCUCGGGGCCCGGCCAGGCCCUCGGCUCCGCAUGGCCGUUAGCAUGUUGGCCCCACGUCCCGCAGUUUGGAUUUCUAAAUAAAAUCAUUUCUACCAAGACAA